AUGACUUCCGUAUCCUCCUCGAAGGUAAACCGCGGGCGCCGCAACUGCCUGGAGCAGGCGUGGAACUACUUGAACACAGCUUUUAGCGCCACGGCGGGUCUCAAGGUGCUCCUGUGCGAUGAUGCGACUCGUGAAAUCUUCUCUGUUGCCUAUUCUCAGCACCAGCUGCUGCAGCAUAACGUAGUGCUGGUUGAUAUGCUGGCGAACCAGGAGCGCUAUCCCAUGAAACACUUCUCCUGUGUGAUUGUGUGCCGCCCCUCGGCAGCAUCGCUGGCAGCUGUGUAUCAGGAGCUGGCGGAGGGCAACUUCGCUUCCUAUGACAUCUACUUUACCUACAUGCUAGACUCCACGCUGGUGCAGUCUUUGGCGAACGCAGAUGUGCUUAAUCUAGUGUCGCACGUUGGGGAGCUGUACAUCGACUCCAUUCCCGUGACGGAGUGGGUGUGUCUGAUGCAGCUGAAGCCCUCGCUGCUGUCCAAAGGCCCAAGCCCGUUCAUGAACCCCAUCACGUACAGUCAGUGGGACCCCAAGUCGCUCGAGCGCAUGUCGGAGGGCAUCAUCAGCAUGCUGCUGUCGACGAAUCGCCGGGCCGUCAUUCGGUACCGCGAGGGCAGCAAGGUUUCCGAGAAGCUCGCGGUUGAGGUGGCUGCUCGCAUGAAGAAUGUUCACGCCACAUUCCCUGACCUCAAGGCCACCGAGAGUGUGCUGGUGAUCUUGGACCGCAAGGAUGACCCCAUCACCCCACUGUUGAUGCCCUGGACCUACGAGGCAAUGAUUCAUGAGCUGAUCGGCUUCCAGCGCGGCAACGAAGUCGUCAUUGACGACCCAGAUGCGAAGCCGGAGGAUCGCGUGCACGUCGUCACGCCGCAGACGGACGGCUUUUUUGGACAGCAUCGCUACGACGAUUGGGGCCAGGUCUGCGUGGCGGUGAGUGAAAUGGUGAAGGCGUACAAGGAGAUGAACAAGUUUGACCGCAACACCGUUUCCUUGGAUGAAAUCAAAAAUUUCAUGAACCGCUUCCCUGAGGCGCGCAAGCAGUCGGUGCAGGUGACCCGACAUUGCGCUAUCACGAGUGAGCUGGUCGCCGAGAUCAACGGCCGCAACCUUACGAGGCUCUCGGUACUCGAGCAAGACAUCAUCUCCAACAACAACGUCACGGAGCACAGCCGCCUCGUGCUGGAGGUGGUACAGGAUCCCAAGACGGACGUCGACGAUGCGCUGCGCAUUGUGAUGCUGUACCAUCUGCACUACGAGAGGGUGACCGGGAAUAUCAUCAUGCAGCUGAAGCAGGAGCUCAUGCAUCGUCAAUGCCCGCAGGAGAAGGUCCAGCUGAUCGACCGCCUUAUCGAGUAUGCUGGACAGGACCAGCGGUGCCAUGAGAUAUUCCGAUCUUCAACGGGGCACAUGCUCAAGACGGUUGCGAAGGCUGUUGGUCAGUUUGGCAAGGACGUGCAGAAUGUGCUCACGCAGCACGUACCACUCGUCAGGAAGAUCAUUAACCGUGUCUACAACGGUACACUAUCGGUGGAGAAGUAUCCGGUGCAGGUGGUGCCGGGGUGCCCUAUUCCCGCUGGCCAGGCGCCGUUUGUGCGCGCCAAAGACAUUAUCGUUGUGUACAUUGGCGGCUACACUUUUUCGGAGGCGAUGCUACUGGCACAGAUCAACGAAGGCAACGUGGACAACAACCAGGAGACGCUGCUGAACUUCAGCAAGCAGGUGUCGCGUAAGCUGGGCACCGACGGCGUCACGGGGCCAUCGACGGAGCCGUACACCGCCAAGAUUGAGGCGCACGUCUCCCUCAUCACGACAUCGAUGCUGAACAGCAAGGAUUUUAUACACUCACUGCCCUCCUAG